AUGUCAGGAAAUAGCCGUCAUUAUUCCAGCCUAGAUCACUCACGCCGUGAGAUUCGGCUGUUACACUUACACCCGGGUAAGCUUUCGAGUCUCAUCUCUUGUCAUCUAUCCCAAUGCUCUUUAGACGACAAGCCAACAUACGAGGCACUGUCCUACGUGUGGGGGACGAGUAUUAAUCCUCAGCGUAUCGUGCUCACUAGAGAUAACCUCUUUCCCCUCGAAGGCAGUGACUUUGCAGUAGCUCCCAAUCUCUACGCUGCGCUCCAAUUUAUUCGGAAACCCGACGCGGAGCGCAUCGUUUGGAUUGAUGCCAUCUGUAUUAACCAGGAGGAUAUUCCAGAGCGGGAAUAUCAAGUCGCACUGAUGGGCCAGAUCUAUUCCGGCGCUAAGCAGGUCCUCUGCUGGCUGGGAACACCGAAUGAUAACGGAAUCGUGAAUCCGCAGGGGAGCAUCAUCAGUGCCGAUGAGAUGGAUGACAUGACUUCUCUUAAAAGCCGCUUUGGUGGGCCUAAUAGCCCCGAAGUACAGAACACCAAAGUCGCUAUUCGGUUCCUGCGUACACUUGCAAAUUUAGGAGAAGAGAAUCAUCUGAAGGACUCACCACUUUUCGAAAGAGUAAUUAAUACCCGGCGUCCUCCGAACGAAGCCGAGUUCACAGUAGCAUCUUCCUAUAUUGAAGGGUUCAAAGUCUUAGUACGCUGGAUAAAUAGUGCCUGGUGGGACAGGGCAUGGACCGUCCAGGAGGCCCGGCUUGCCCAAGACCUCCGGAUCGUAAUAUACCAUGUCAUGAUACCGUUCAAGACAUUACUCUUGGCUCAGCAUUUUCUAGGCUUGCACAUGGAAAACUGCUGCGGAAACGAGAUGGAUAGGCUCCUAAAGGACCAACGCAAUGUCCUCAAAAAAUUCCUUGCAAAGACGGUAGAGAUUAUACCACAGCUCAUUGCUCAAGACUCCCCGCGGGAUCUAGGUUACCUUCUCCGAAGGUACCGUGUACGCCAGGCGACCGACUCACUGGACAAAGUCUAUUCACUCCUAGGGCUAUCGGUAUGGAACCAUGCUGCCCCGUUGAAGCCUAACUACUCUAUCAGUCCCGAACAGCUUUACGUGAACACGACUAUGAAGUUGAUAGAGGACAGCAAUUCCUUAAACAUCUUGCAAGGGGCGCAGAGCUCUUUGAAAAGACUGCGUCUCCCGUCGUGGGUCCACGAUUGGACUAUCCCGAUGGACGGCGAGGAUGGGUUCCGAGAGCUAGAGAGAGACCAGGGGCUAUACAAUGCAGGCGGGCAGUUAUCCAAAGUCCGCCUUUGUUGCAAUUCGGAGCUCAUAGUCGACGGGCUAAUGGUUGGUGUGGUCACGUCAGUAGGAGACAUAUGCGACAUUGUCAAGGGCACGACUUUCGAGGAUCUAAUAGGAUGGGAACGACUAAUCUACAAGCAUGGACUACACCCAGACGAACCGUACACGAAUGGCCAAUCUUACUCAGAUGCUUUUAGAAGCACUCUGGGUGGAGACGUGGUAUGCACAACCGAACGAAUACUGCUUGGGCCGGGCAUUCCAAUGCGAAACUACUUUCGAUCCGGAUAUAAAGGGCCCGAAAGGAGGCAGUUAGAUGAGAGCGACGAGGAUCUAUGUAGGAACUGGUGGGAAAUUGUAGUCCACGCUGAUGAAUCAGACACGGCGCCCCCAAGCUGGUACAACCACGCCGCAUCCGUCAUUAUACCAACAGUCGGGAACAAUCGCUUUUAUAUUACCAACCAAGGGCUCAUGGGCAUAGGUCCGCCAGGGAUGGUUACCGGCGAUACGGUGUUUGUGUUGCGAGGUAGCGCGCUGCCGUAUAUUUUACGACAAGUAGGUAGUAGCCACGAGCCAAAGCCGAAGGAUUGCCAUGCCCCCGCAGAGCAUCGACUCAAGCUCGUCGGUUCUAGCUACGUCCAUGGGAUAAUGGAUGGGGAGGUCCUUAAGGAUGAUACGAAAACUCGAGUUGAAAUUCAUUUAUGUUGA